UGCUUGGCUUUAAUUUUAUAUAUACUAUAUGCCUAUCAGUAUCAGUCGCGCAUUAAUCGCUUAACCAGCAACUGGCCCGGGCCACCCUCUUGGCCUAUUAUUGGACAUUUGCACAUCUUUGCGAGGAUUAUUGGCCCCAGGCCAUUCAAACGCGCCAGCGAGCUCAUCAACUGCCAUUUAAAGGAUCAUCGCGGCAAACUCUGGCUGGGCACCAAGCUCUAUGUGCUCGACUGCAAUCCGAAGGAUAUUCAAGCGCUCUGCUCUGCUCAGCAGCUGCUGCAAAAGACUUCGGACUAUGGCGUCUUUAGGCAUUGGCUGGGCGACGGGCUCUUCACCAGCAGCGUUCAGCAGUGGACGCAUCGCCGCAAGAUUAUUACGCCAGCUUUCAACUACGCCAUGAUUAAACAAUUUCUGCAUGUCUUUCAAAAACAGUCGCGCAUCUUGGUCGCCCGCUUGCAGUUGGUAGCGGGCACAGAGCAGUCUGUGGAUUUUCUGCAAUAUAUAAACUGCUUUACGCUCGAUUCCAUAUGCGAAACAGCGCUGGGCACAACUGUUGAAGCACAGUCGGCGCAGAAGUCCGAUUACUUGGCUGCGGUUAAGGACAUUAUGCAGAUUAUAGACGCUCGUCUUAAGAACUUAUUCUAUAUUCUAUCGCUCUGAGUGGUAUUCUAUCGCUUUACGCGCUUGGCGGCACGUGAGCGGCAACUCAUAAAAACGCUGCAUGGAUUUACUGAGCGCAUUAUAAAGCAGCGCAUGGAGCAGCUCAAGGCGCAGCAGCUCAAUGACAACAACAACUUGGACUCAGAGCAACGCACACAACGCAGCUGCUUGGACACUUUACUGCUGGCCAAGACGCCAGCGGGCGCAGCUUUGCAACUGCAGCACAUACGCGAAGAACUGGACACAAUUAUAUUUGGUGGCUUUGAUUUGACAGCUGCAACUUUAAAGUUUUUUAUGUACAACAUGACGUUGCAUAUGCCACAUCAGCAGCUUUGUCGUGAGGAAAUUUGGCGCGUUUGUGGGCGUGAUAAGCGCUCAUCGAUUACUAUGGCGCACUUAGCUGAGCUGGAGUACUUGGAAAUGUGCAUUAAGGAGUCAAUGCGUUUGUAUCCAUCAGGUCCUAUAACUGCCAGAAGAGCCACAGCUAACUGUAAAAUUAAUGACUUUUUCAUACCUAAGAACUGCGAUGUCAUAAUCUCACCCAUGUACAUGGGUCGCUGCAAGGAAUUCUUUCCCGAUCCGCUGCUCUUCAAGCCGGAGCGCUGGGAACGCAAUGCUGAGCCCAAAAUCGAAGCAUCCACAUUUAUUCCCUUUAUGACAGGACCACGCAGCUGUUUGGGCCAACGCUAUGCCAUGGUUAUGAUGAAAAUGGUGCUUUGCCAUUUGUUAAGAAACUUUUACUUUGAGCCUGUUGGUGAGCGGCAGGAAAAAAUGCGUCUAAUCUUUGUUAUGACUCUACAUACGAAAACUCCUUACUACUGUAAGAUUAGAGCAACUGAAUAG